UCACAUUCUAAACUCUCUUUCUUUUUUCUCUCUAUUUUCAUCGUCCUCUUUUACAUUGUAUCCCAUACUUCUGUUUGUCUACCGAGAAAAUUGAAAAAGUGGCCUUGUAUUCCCUCCUCCUUAUGUUAGAGAAUCGAUGUAACCUUCAAAAUACUCUUUCAUACGGAGGAUUUUUUGUUUCUUCGUGUCUUCUGAAAGCUUGUUCUGGAAGACUUUGUUGUUCGGGACGACUUAACGAUCUCUCUCUUGUGUUACUAUGUCAAUUUCGCUAAGAUAAUAUUAAAUUUUUCCCUGCAAUUUAUCUCAAACGUUGCUUAAUCUUCAAGUAACGUGAAUUACUUGUAAUUUUUUGGUUACGAUUUGGCUCUACGGAGGUGAUCUGUUUAAGAGGAUUUUGGUUUCAAGCAUGAUUUGUUGGUGAAGAGAGAAGAACUGCGUUUUCGGGGAUGAAGAGGUCUAGGGACGACGUUUACAUGGCCUCUCAACUCAAGCGGCCCGUGGUGUCUUCUCGAGGAGAAUCGUCUGGGCAACCCCAAAUGAUGGGAGCAGGAAAUACUCAGAAACUAACAACAAAUGAUGCCCUAGCGUAUCUCAAGGCAGUGAAGGAUAUAUUUCAAGACAAAAGGGACAAAUACGAUGAUUUUCUUGAAGUAAUGAAAGAUUUCAAGGCUCAGAGAAUUGACACUACGGGUGUGAUAGCACGAGUAAAGGAAUUAUUUAAAGGGCAUCGAGACCUAAUUUUGGGUUUCAAUACCUUCUUGCCAAAGGGGUAUGAGAUCACCCUUCCACUUGAUGAUGAGCAACCUACACCAAAGAAGCCUGUGGAAUUUGAAGAGGCUAUCAGUUUUGUGAACAAGAUAAAGACACGAUUUCAAGGUGAUGAUCAUGUUUACAAGUCAUUCUUGGACAUUUUGAAUAUGUACAGAAAGGAAAACAAGUCCAUCACUGAGGUCUAUCAGGAGGUCGCUGCACUUUUCCAAGACCACCCAGACCUGCUUGAGGAGUUCACGCAUUUUCUGCCUGAUUCUUCAGGAACAGCUUCCACUCUUUAUCAAUCUGGUAGGAAUUCUAUGCUCCGGGAUAGAAACUCUGCCAUGCCCAUAAUGCGGCAAAUGCACGUUGACAAGAAAGAAAGGACAAUGGCUUCACAAGGUGACCGUGACCUCAGUGUUGACCGCCCUGAUCCAGACCAUGAUAGAUCUUUGAUGAGAAUGGAGAAGGAUCAACGGAGGCGUGGUGAAAAGGAUAGACGAGAAGACAGAGACAGGAGAGAACGGGAAAGAGAUGAUAGAGAAUUUGAGCAUGAUGGCAAUAGGGACUUCAACAUGCAGCGAUUUCCCCACAAGCGAAAAACUCCUCGUAGGGUAGAAGACUCUGCCGAACAAUUGCAUCAAGGUGGGGAAGGUGAUGAGAACUUUGGAGUGCGUCCUCUUUCAUCCUCCUAUGAUGAUAAAAAUUCCUUGAAAAAUAUGUAUGGUCAAGAGUUUGCUUUCUGCGAGAAAGUGAAGGAGAAGUUACGAAACCCUGAUGAUUACCAGGAAUUUUUGAAGUGCCUUCAUAUUUAUAGCAAGGAAAUAAUUACACGAGCAGAAUUACAAUGUUUGGUGUCUGAUUUACUUGGAAAAUAUCCGGACCUUAUGGAUGGAUUUAACGAUUUUUUGGCACGUUGUGAGAAGAAUGAUGCACUCCUUGCUGGUGUCAUGAGUAAAAAAUCCUUGUGGAAUGAUGGACUUUUAACCAGAUCAGUAAAGAUAGAGGACAGGGAAAAAGAUCGAGAUCGUGAAAGGGAUGAUGGGGUUAAAGAUAGAGACCGUGAAAACCGAGAAAGGGAUAGACUUGAAAACCGGGAAAGGGAUAGACUUGAUAAAAGUUCUGCCUUUAGCAAUAAAGAUGUUGGGGGUCAUAAGGUGUCAUUAUUUCCCAGCAAGGAUAAGUACAUGUCAAAACCUAUUAAUGAACUUGACUUAUCUAAUUGUGAGCGCUGCACUCCCAGUUACCGUCUGCUGCCAAAGAAUUAUCCAAUUCCUUCAGCUAGCCAUAGGACAGAGCUUGGUGGUGAAGUAUUGAACGAUCAUUGGGUAUCUGUUACUUCAGGAAGUGAGGACUACUCUUUUAAACACAUGCGCAAAAACCAGUAUGAAGAAAGCUUGUUCCGAUGUGAAGAUGACAGGUUCGAACUGGACAUGUUGUUAGAGUCUGUGAAUGUUACAACCAAGCGUGUAGAAGAACUAUUGGAAAAGAUCAACAAUAAUACAUUGAAAACAGAUGGUUCAAUUCGUAUCGAGGAACACUUCACAGCACUGAAUCUCAGGUGCAUUGAACGUUUAUAUGGUGACCAUGGGCUUGAUGUGAUGGAUGUGUUGAAGAAGAAUGCUCCUCUUGCUUUGCCAGUUAUAUUAACGCGCUUGAAGCAGAAACAAGAGGAGUGGGCUAGGUGUCGUUCUGAUUUUAAUAAAGUCUGGGCUGAAAUUUAUUCUAAGAACUAUCACAAAUCACUUGACCAUCGUAGCUUCUAUUUCAAGCAACAGGACACAAAGAGCUUGAGCACGAAAGCCUUAUUGGCAGAGAUCAAAGAAAUUAGUGAGAGGAAGCGCAAGGAAGAUGAUGUGCUACUUGCUAUUGCUGCUGGAAAUAGACGACCAAUCAUUCCAAAUUUGGAAUUCGAGUACCCUGAUCCAGAUAUUCAUGAAGAUCUAUAUCAGCUCAUUAAGUAUUCCUGUGGGGAAGUUUGUACAACUGAACAGUUGGAUAAAGUUAUGAAGAUUUGGACAACAUUUCUGGAACCCAUGCUUGGUGUUCCUUCUCGGCCUCAGGGUGCGGAGGAUACUGAAGAUGUUGUUAAGGCAAAGAAUCAUGCUGUUAAAAGUGGUGCCGCAACCGUUGGGGAGAGUGAUCUCAGUCCUGGUGGUGGUGCUACUGCUACGAAUCCCAAACAGUCAAAUCCUUCCAGAAAUGGAGAUGAAAGUAUUCCACCUGAACAAUCAAGUUCUUGCAGGGCUUGGCCAGUCAAUGGGGAUAAUGGGGUUAAAGAAGAUAGUCCUCAUGAUGCAGAACAUAUUGCACAUAAAAGUGAUCAUUUUUGCAAUACCUCUCAACAUGGUAAAGUACAGAUCAAUGCAUCUAUGGCUGACGAACUAUCUGGAGUCGGCAAGCAAGAUAAUUCCAAUGAACGGUUAGUCAAUUCAAAUGCAUUGCUUGCCACUGGAAUGGAGCAAAGUAAUGCAAGACCUAACAUAGAGAACAUAUCAGGGCUUAGUGCUACUCCAUCCAGACCUAGCAAUGUUGCUGUUGAGGGUGGGGUCGAGUUACCUUCAUCUGAGGGUGGCGAUUCUACAAGACCAAUUAUAUCCACAAAUGGGGUGAUGUCAGAUGGUGGCAAAGUUCACAGAUACCAAGAAGAAUCUGUUGGACACUUCAAAGUUGAAAGAGAAGAGGGUGAAUUAUCUCCAAAUGGAGAUUUUGAGGAGGAUAAUUUUGCAGUUUAUAGAGAUGCUGGUUUGGAGGCCGUGCAUAAAGCAAAGGAUAGUGCCAUAAACAGGCAAUAUCCAACCAGACACGGAGAAGAAGAUAUAUGUUGUGGGGAGGCAGGAGGAGAAAACGAUGCUGAUGCUGAUGACGAAGGGGAGGAAAGCGCUCAGAGGUCUUCAGAGGACACUGAGAAUGCUUCUGAGAAUGGGGAUGUAUCGGGAAGUGAGUCUGCUGAUGGUGAAGAGUGUUCUCGUGAAGAGCAUGAGGAAGAUGGAGACCAUGAUGAGCAUGAUAAUAAGGCUGAGAGUGAAGGUGAAGCUGAGGGGAUGGCUGAUGCGCAUGAUGUUGAAGGAGAUGGGACAUCACUACCAUAUUCAGAACGUUUUCUACUUACUGUGAAGCCUCUUGCAAAGCAUGUCCCUUCAGCAUUACAUGAGAAAGGAAAGGAUUCUCAGGUUUUUUAUGGAAAUGACUCCUUCUAUGUGCUUUUUAGGCUUCACCAAACAUUGUAUGAGAGAAUCCAAUCAGCAAAGGUUAAUUCUUCAUCUGCUGAAAGGAAAUGGAGGGCUUCAAAUGAUUCAAGCCCUACUGAUCUUUAUGCCAGAUUCAUGAAUGCACUUUACAAUCUGCUUGAUGGUUCUUCUGACAAUACAAAAUUUGAGGAUGAUUGCCGAGCAAUUAUUGGAACUCAAUCGUAUGUUUUAUUCACAUUGGACAAGCUGAUAUAUAAACUGGUUAAACAACUUCAAACAGUUGCCACUGAUGAGAUGGAGAACAAGCUUCUCCAACUAUAUGCGUAUGAAAAAUCAAGAAAACUUGGGCGAUUUGUUGAUAUAGUGUAUCAUGAAAAUGCACGUGUUCUUCUUCAUGAUGAGAACAUAUAUCGCAUUGAAUGUUCAUCUACACCAACCCAUUUGUCUAUUCAGCUCAUGGACUAUGGGCAUGAUAAGCCCGAAGUGACUGCUGUUUCCAUGGACCCUAAUUUCUCAGCAUAUCUACACAAUGAGUUCCUCUCAGUUGUUCCUGAAAAAAAAGAGAAGUCUGGGAUCUUCUUGAAGAGGAAUGUUCGCAAAUAUGCCAAUGGCGAUGAAUUUUCUGUUGCAUGCCAGGCAAUGGAAGGAGUGCAAGUUGUAAAUGGAUUAGAGUGUAAGAUAGCUUGCAAUUCAUCCAAGGUCUCGUACGUUUUAGAUACAGAAGACUUCUUGUUCCGGGUGAAACGGAAAAGGACAACUUACAGCUCAUGCCAUGACCAGGAAAAGUUUUCGAGAAGUUGUUCAAGUAGUAGAGUACAACGAUUUCACAGACUGCUUUCUAGCUGAUAAUAUGACUUCCUAUGACCCUAAGUAGAUAUGUAGCUUUUUGCACGCAUUAGUUACUCAGGCGCCAGCCAGAGUUGGAAAGAUUGCGCGCCACGAAGGGAAAAGCUUUCGUGGAAUCGUCUUUCAAAUGUUUUAAUAUUUCUGUCUUACGAAGCAAAUAAAGAAUUGAGGGGGAUUGCGGUGGGGGCGUGAAUAUCGCUCGUCGGGUGUAGUAUACUGUACGUUUAGCCACAAUUGUGUAAAUAGAGGUAAUUUGUGUUGUAAACUUGAGAUACAUGUUCAUUCCAUUUAUCGAUAUUCUUGCGUAAUCUUUUUAAA